CUAUAAUCAGCCGUGGCUAUAUAAUACUGAACACCCCGCCCGGUACACAUGCCUUAGUCGGACUGUAAAGAGAACAUUCUAACAGUGUUAAAGAUGGGUGAAGGUAUCUAUUAUUGGUUGACUCUUGUCAUAUCGGUUAACAUCGUAUAUGUAAUGGGAACUUCACCAGUGCUGUACACGUUAUGUGACAAGCCGGCUGAUAUUGCAUUCGUGAUUGACAGCUCCAGCAGUAUUUGGAUAUACGACUUUGAGAAACAAAUCACGUUUGUUCAGGAACUGGUGAAAAUGUUCAACAUUGGACCAGACACUAUCCAAGUCGCUGCUCUAACAUUCUCUCAUAACGUUGUAAAUGAAUUUCAUUUCAACGAUGUUACCAGCGCACAGGAGGCUAGUGAAAGGAUCGGAAAGAUUGUACAUGAAAGCGGAGAAGCUACAUUUACUCAUAGUGCAUUAGAUAUUAUGCGAACAGACAUCUUCUCGCCAAGCAAUGGAGCACGCGCCGGUGUAGCGAAAAUUUGUAUAUUGCUGACGGACGGACAGCCGACGUACCCUAAGGAAACAUUGGAACAAGCCAGACUGGCAAAAGCAGCCGGGAUCACGAUUCUAGCUAUUGGCAUUGGAGAUCAAGUGGAUGAGCAGAACCUGAGGGCCGUGGUUUCACCCCCUGCAGACAAGAACUAUUUCCAUUCAUCUACUUUUGAUAACCUCAAAGAGAAGUUGUUCCCAGAGCUGAUUGGCCAAACAACCUGUAAUGUGAUCAAAACGUCGCCGCCACCAGUGGGUACUACUACUGAAAUGCAGGGAGGUCGGCCACCACCCGAAGUAGUUUGCCAAGGGAAGAAUGCAGAUAUUAUGUUUGUUGUUGACAUGUCCAGCAGUAUUUGGGUGAAAUAUUUCAAAGACCAACUGCAAUUCAUCGCAGACCUUGUCAGUUUCUUUGACAUAAACAGCGGAAAAACGAGGGUUGGAAUGUUGACGUUUAGCAAUGAUACAGAGCUGCAGUUUCAUCUUGGCACAUACAACAGCCAGGAAGAUAUCAGAACAGCCAUUCAAUCAGUACAAUCAAAAGGGGGUAUCACAAACACUCAUCUUGCACUACACGAAGCGAGAUAUGAAAUGUUUAAUUCGAAGCAUGGAUCCAGAAGCGGCGAUGUGGUCCACAUCUGUAUAGUCAUUACGGACGGUGUGUCUCGGCUUCCUAAAAUGACUGUAGUAGAAUCCAACUUGAAUCACCGGGCUGGAAUGGAAGUCUUUGCCAUCGGUGUAGGAGAUGACAUAGAUGUAAAAGAACUUAAUGAUAUUGCAUCAAGACCAGAAUACGUGUUCGAGGUAAAUGGAUAUGGAGCUCUGAAGCAAAUAGAGAAUAUUCUAGCAGUCAAAACAUGUGAAGUCCCGCCAGCGCCAGCGCCGCCCAAGCCACCAAAGGAAGAACCAGAGGUAUGUCGGGGGAGGAAAGAGGACGUUGUGUUUGUUGUGGACAUGUCUAGCAGUAUAUGGGUUGUGGAUUUCCAAGAACAGCUCAAGUUUCUUUCUGACCUCGUCGGUUUCUUUGAUAUAAGCGGUGAUAUGGCCAGGGUGGGAUUUCUGACGUUUAGUACGAACCCGACAGUACAGUUUUACCUAAACACGUACAGUGCCCGGGACGAAGUCAGUAAAGCCAUUCUUGCAGUGAAAUCUGAAGGAGGUUUGACAAACACUCAUCUUGCACUACAGAAAGCCAAAGAUGAAAUGUUGGCGCAGCAGAACGGAGGCCGAAGUGAUGUGGAUCAAGUGAUUAUUGUCAUUACUGACGGUGUAUCUAGACAACCACAAUUAACGGCUACAGAAGCUAAAAACAUUCACCAAGCCGGUGUUGAGGUCAUUGCUAUUGGCGUAGGAGAUGCAAACAAAGCCGAGCUCGUCGAGAUGGCAUCCAGACCAGAGUUUGUGUUCGAGGUGAGCAACUCCAACAACCUACAGAAAAUCAAAAACAUUCUGGCAAGGACAACCUGUGAAGUGGCGUAAUACAAGCGGCGAAGCUGUUAAGUUGAAGUCCAGUUGAUUUUCCAUAAUAAGAUAUAUUAUGGCCAAGCAAAUGAAGGAUCUUCACACUUGAGCUCGGACAUAUUUGUAUCAAGCUUUAACUGCCGUCUUCUUAUUACAAACUGAGACAGUUGUAGGUGUUGUGAUCGGAAACAGUAUAGUGUAUAUCUCCUUGGACAUACUGAAUGUUUAUAAAUGUGGCUUGAUAUUUCUUCUUUUGAAAUAUCGGAUAGAAAUUUUUAUCUUUUUUGUUCUUAUCUCAUCAUGCAUAUAGAAUAAAGCCUAUUUAUUCA